AUGGAAACUUUGCCAAACGAGCUGCUUUCAGAAAUUUUUCUAUUUCUGCACCCUGUUUAUGAUGAACUCGCUCGAUUUUCUGUUGUAUGCCGCCGCUGGAAUGAAAUCAUCCACCGGACGCCUUCUCUUUGGGAACAUAUGCACCUCAAGCUUGAAAAAUUGACCAAAGCGGAAAAGAGCAUUGUAUUCAGAUGCUUGAGAAAGUUUAACAAAUUUAUAAAGUGCUUAAGAGUUCCGUCGCUUGAUGUUGCGUUUGGUUGCGACUUUUGGUUUUUUAUUCGUCUUGUGACCUUAGAGAUGAGAAACAUUACAUGCCUUGAUGUCCCUACCUUACCUUGGAGCAUUGAACAGUUUGUAGCCUUGAAAAGUGCAGAAAAUCUUAAAGAAUUAACUCUUUAUGGAUUCUGGGAUUUGUCAGAUAUGGAAUGGAUUCAGAGGUAUUACCAUCCAGUAUCCUUGAUUAAUCUGGGACAUCUUCAGCUUCUUAAAGAAAGGUGCAGGAAGCUAGAAGUUCUAAAAUUGUCGAUUAAUAUGAUGAGAAUUUCAGACAGCAGGGCUUUAAUUGAGUCUUUGAAUGCUCUAAAGCUCAAAGAACUUCAAAUUUCUGCGUAUAAUAGCAGCAAAGCAAAUAUCCAGAUGAAUCAAAGUGGCAUAAAGGUUUUAAAGUGUUUGUUAUCAUCUCAUCAUGGUUUAAUUAUAUCAAAGAUGGAACUUCAAUAUGUUUCCAUUGGCCACAAAGAGCUCAGGCUUCUCUUAAGAAAACUAGCUUCACUAAGAUGGUUGAAAGUAAGUUUUGCUGAUGUACACCGCUGCAUGACAGGGUAUCAAUACCUUGAAUCAAAGAGCUUGAAAUCUUUUGAGCUUCAUAACUUACCGGCCAAAAAUAUCGUUAACUUGAAAUGCUCUAUGCCCAAAUUAAGGAGACUUCAAGUAACUACAUGUUCCAGCUUACGAUCUCUUCAAGUCAUAUCUCCACUACUGCAGCAUCUCUUUCUUGAGACCCUUUUGAAACUCCGAUCUCUCCACGUUACAUCGACCACCAUAAAACUCUUGGAGGUGGUAAACUGUGAAUCACUAACUUCAAACGUAGUUGAUGCAAUUCUUCAAAGGAACAAAAAGGCUCAGUUUUACGUUAUUAGAGGGCACCUAGAAGGGUUUCAACUCUUUAAAACAGGAGUGAGUUGUUCUUUGACACGAUUAAGUGUGUGGUUGACAUAUGACUGUACAGUCGAAUGCAUACAGGUGCACUGCCCCAGUUUAGAGUAUUUCUGUUGCAUUGACUGCGAUACAUUAGGGGAGUCUUUGAUUCCAACUCAAGGUUUGACUUGUGUGGACUUGCGAUGCAGUAACCUAGGUAGUGCGUCUAUCAGUUUGCCUCGAGUUGGUUCAAUUAACGUUAAAUGUAAGACAAUUGGUGAAAUAGUUUUAAAUGAGGGAGAACGAAAAUCUUUCGAGAUGCCUUGCAGUGUGGUCCGAGUUGAAGCAGAAGAUCAAUUAAGGACAUUUUGUGCUAAUAAAUGCAUCUUCAACCGCGUAGAGAUCAAAGCUGGCAAAAUAGACAACUUGAAUUUUCAAGGAUGUCGAAUCAAAGGUGUUUUGAAACUGGAGGGUGGACUGAUCGAUGAAUUAUGCAUGAGAAAGUUGAUGGAAACUCAGAUAAAUGUGGACUUAAUACUUCGGUGUGAUGAAAUGAAUAAGUUUAUUCUACAAGAAUGUAGAUCUUUGAGUAUUGUCUCUAUAUUUCCUGAUGAAAUUCAUUUGCUAAAAUCCUUAGUUAAGAUCACCAGUGAUUCAUAUGUUGUACCUGAUGCUAACUACAGCUAUGAAGAAAGCCAAAAAUUAAAAGGUCAAGGCAUUUUCUCCAAUGUUAUGAGUCCGAUAAAGAUGAUAUCCACAUCCAACUGCCCUCGUUUUACUGGCUUAAGAUUGUAUCACACAAAA